AUGCCGCUUGGCGUUGGCGGCGUUGGCGGCGUCAUGUCCACGCCGCCGGAUGUUAUACUCGAGGUGGGUCCAGCGCCGAGCAGCGUGCGCUUUGUGGCCCACGCUCUGGUGCUGGGCAUGCACAGCGGCUAUUUGCGCUCGGCCAUACGCAUGGAUGAGGCAACAGUUGCAGCCGCAGCGGCAGCGGCAGCAGCAACACCAACAGCAACAGCAACUGUUGCUGCUGCUGCUGCGGCUGCUGCUGCUGCUGCUGCCGCUGCUGCUGGCGGUGAAUUGCUGCUGUAUCUGGGCAAUGUGACGGCGGAGCAGUUCGCGCCGCUUUUGACAUACAUGUACACCGGCUACUUGGAUCUGAAUGUGGACAACAUAUUUGCCGUGUUGCUGGCGACGCAUGUGCUGCAUAUGCCGCGCGCCCUGGAGAUUUGUCGCGCGUUUCUGGCGCGCGCCCAAACCGAGGGCUAUCUGAGCGGCAGUCCAGCCAAUCCGCACCAGUUGCAGCUGGCCGCCAGUGGCGCCGGCUCCAAGAUCAUCAGACCCAUACCAAGCAAAGCGACAUUGCCCAAUUUUGGCUUUCUGCCAGCACCGCCGCCGCCAACAAUUGCUGCUGCAGCCUACAUGCAACAGCCGGUGGCAGCAGCUGAGCAACUGCAAUUGACAGAGUCGGAACAGCAGCAACAGCAGCUGGAGAAGGAGAAGGAGAAGAAGAUAGAGGACACAGUGGCGGAGGAGGAGGAGGAUGUGGAGGUGUUUAUCGACAGCAACACGGCCAGCGACAAUGAGCUCGACACGGAGGAUUGCAAUGUGUCCGUCGUAAGCAGUCUGGCGAGCAGCAGCGCCGCCAGCAGCCUGAACAUUGAGCGUGUGGAUAGCAAAAAGCAAGCGACGCCGCCGCCGCCACCGCCAGCGCCGCCAGCAGCGGCAGCAGCAACUGUUGCCAACAAGCUGCGACGCGGCGGCAACAGCGCACGCAAAAGCUCAACCAAACGCGGCAGCAACAACAACAACAACAGCAGCAGCAACAACAGCAACAGCAACAGCGGCAGCGGCAACAAUCGUGGACUGCAGCUGGCCAAGACGCCGCUGCCGAGCGUGCAACUGGAGACGGCAACACCGGCCACCAAAUUCAUCAUCGAUGUGGCCAGCUGCGAUGGACCCGUGCGCUUUCGCCGCAUACUCAACACGGCGUACGGCCAUAAGCCGGACAACAGCUGCCUUGAGGCAGCUGGCGGCGGCGGCGAGCAGCGCACACAGCAGAGCGUCAGCUAUUCGUUUCACCAGCAAAUGGCGCGGGCCAUCAGCAGCCAGCAGCGGCAGCAGCAGCAGGAGGCGAACGAGAACAGCGGCGAUGCGGCAGCAGCACCAGCAGCAGCAGCAACAACUGCAACAGCAGCAACAACAACUGGCGCAGCAGCAGCAACAUCUGCAACAGCAGCAACACAUCGCAAGCAAACGCAUGCGGAGCUGUUCGUGUGCGUUUACUGCAAACACACGUUCAAAUCGCAGUAUUGCUAUCAGAAGCACGCCAAGCGGCAUCUCAAUCCGCUCAGCUUGGACAAGAAGUUGGCGGCGACAACACCGGAGCUUAGCAGCAGCAGCAGCCCAACAGCAGCAGCAGCAACAACAGCAGCUGCAGCGGCAACAGUUGCUGCGGGCGCAGAUGCCACAUUGUCGGCGGCAGCCUUGCUGCGACGCGAGGUGCGUCCGCUGGACAUGAAUGUGCAAUAUUAUCCUUGCAAGACGUGCGGCAGCAAGUUUCCCAGCUACUAUUUUGUGCACAAGCAUCGCAAGCUCUGCCAUGCCGAUGAGCUGGACAACAGCAGCAACAACAACAACAAUAACAGUUCGACUAGCAGCAGCAGCGGCGGCAAUAGCAACAGC